CGACGCACGCAAGGCGCCCUGUGACGUCAGACGUGUGACGUCUCCCGGAACUUUCUAGAAUGUAGCAGCAGCAUCAGGCUAGCUCCCGCCUUGUGGAUUUUAAUCACCAUUUCUGCUGCAAACUCGCCUGAACCGUCGAAGGCGCCACCAGUUUAGCCGACUCCCAGCUUGAAGCUAAGGUUGUGUGGAGGCGUCAUGUCCCGGAUAGACUACAGCGUGUGGGACCACAUCGAGGUGUCGGACGACGAGGAUGACACUCACCCCAACAUCGACACUCCCAGCCUCUUCAGGUGGCGCCACCAGGCCCGUGUGGACCGAAUGGAAGAAUUCCAGAAGAAAACCCAAGACCUGACCAAGGGGCUGACAGAGUCCCGUCGCAAGUUAACGGAAACGCAGAAGAAAAUCCAGGAAAUGAGCCUCUCCGCCUCGGAGGAGGACAAAGCCGAGCUGAGCAAACUGAAGACGGAGGAGAAGAAGCUGAAGAAAGAGGAGCGCGACUGGGAGAGGAAGCUGGAGGACCACUGCCGGGAGGAGAAGAAGAUGCCGUGGAACGUGGACACGCUCAGCAAAGAAGGCUUCAGCAAGAGCAUUGUCAACCUCAAACUGGAAGCUGAAGAAGAGUCUGAGGAAGACAAGGAGAAGAAGCACAAGUCCUUUGUGGAAAAAUAUGAGAAGGAGAUCAAGCAUUUUGGCAUGCUACGGCGCUGGGAUGACAGCCAGAAGUACUUGUCUGACAACUCUCACCUGGUUUGUGAAGAGACUGCCAACUACCUGGUCAUCAUGUGCAUCGACCUGGAAGUGGAGGAGAAACACGCCUUGAUGGAGCAAGUGGCUCAUCAGACCAUCGUCAUGCAGUUCAUUCUGGAAUUGGCCAAAAGCCUCAAGGUGGACCCACGAGGAUGCUUCCGUCAGUUCUUUGCCAAGAUAAAGACGACAGAUCAGCAGUAUCAGGACGCCUUCAACGACGAGCUGUCGUCCUUUAAGGACCGGGUGCGCGCCCGGGCCAAGAUCCGCAUAGAAAAAGCCAUGAAAGAAUAUGAAGAGGAGGAGCGACAGAAACGACUUGGACCGGGAGGACUUGACCCUGUUGAUGUAUACGAGUCUCUACCACAGGAGAUGCAGAAAUGUUUUGAUGAGAAGGACAUCCAAUUGUUGCAAGAUGUUAUCAGCAAGAUGGAUCCAACGGAGGCAAAGACGCACAUGAAGCGCUGCAUCGAGUCGGGACUUUGGGUCCCCAACUCCAAGCCGGAUGAGGAGGACGAGAAAGAGGAAGACUCCACCUCCGAGGAGGUCAAGGCAGAGCCAGAAGAAGCCAAGAAUGAAUGAGCAUUAUUAGUCUGUUUGCGAACACGUCGGCGUGCGAGUAGUUUUUGCUGAUUCAUGCAUCCCGCUUGUCUUCUUUAGGUCCAUGUUUCAAUUGCAGUCCACUCAUGUUGAGUAUUACUACUCUUUUUGGACAUAGUCACUGUCGUCCUCUUUUCUAUAAACUCAACUUCAUGCUAA